UAAAACUCUUUUAAAAUUACAAAUCGAAAAUACUUAAUUAAUUAAACAUAAAAAAUGGAUCCAGUUACUACAGAAGCAGUUGAAGUUAAAGAAGUUGAGAAGGUUGUCGAAGAUGUACAUGAAAAUGCACCUCUCGUUCCAACAGAAGCCGUCGAGGAAGUUAAAGCUCCCGCAGUCGUAGAAGAGGAACCAAAAAAACCUGAAACAACCGAAAAGACCGAAACUGAUGCUACAGAAAAGAAAACCGAAGAACUUCCUCCAGUUGAAAAUGGAAAUGGUGAGGCUGAAGUAGUUAGUGCCGAUGAACCAGCACCAGAAGUACCAGCCGUCGUCGAAGAGUCAUUAAAGCGAAAAGUAGACGAUGAAGCCAAGGACGGUGAGGAAAAGAUUCCAGAAAAGAAAUCCAAAACUGUAGAUGUUGAAGAGAAGAAGACAGCGGAGGCAGUUGAAAAAACAGCCGAAAAAACUGUAGCAGAGCCAGAAACUGCUCCGGAGCAAGAAGUUACUGCAUAAAUUAUUACAGCGAAGAGAUAC